CCAGCAUCCACUGCUGCUAAGUGUAAAUAAGUCACAUCCUAACUGGGCGGUUUAGUAGACAGACAGAGAGUUUGUCUUCCUCUCGCUGCUGUUGUGUCACCUCAGGGUGAGGAGAUCGUUGAGCAAUCAGCUGAACGACCAGCUUAGUGUGAAGCAUUUCCUGCCUACAUUCAACUUCCUAGGGAACCUAUUGAAGACCGUCCCCAACGUGGCCCAGAGCCUUCUAACUCAGUACGUGCCCUUGCUGGACCUCCUGUGCUCAGCUUUGGUUUAUCCAGACGAAGUGCUGAAGACUUCGGUGGUGAAUGUUUGGCUACAGCUGCUUCGCACCUCUGGAGACACUGGGGCGCAGUACCUUCCCAUUGCCACAAGGGACAGAUUAUGCAUCCUGCUGCUGCAGACUUUAAACAGUGCUAGCUCAGCUCAGCUUAUUAAAAACUGUGCCGGACUCCUCUGGCAGCUAGUCAAGCUGGAAGAAGCAGUGUCGGUUCUGAUGAGUACCUCAGGCAUGUGCGAUGCGAACGAGGACGGCCUCAACAACAGCAGCCAGACCCUCAUCCAAUACCAAGAGCAACAGCCUGCUGACCACAGCCUACUGCCUCUCCUGCUGAAAAAGCUGCUGUUGAGUGGUGAUGAGACGCUACAAGUGACCAGUGCGAAGUGUAUCGCUGCCAUUUUGGUUCGUUCUCCCAGUCAGUACUGUGCUCUCUGCAUCAAAGCUGAUUUACCAGGUAUCGAGUCCCUAGUGCGCAGCCUGAAGGAGGCUCUGCAGCUGACCAAUCUGGAAGUACCAAAACAAGGUUUUUUGCUCCUCACUGAAAUACUUGAAAGACAGCCACCAAGCAUACAUCUGUUCCCCAGUGGUUCAGGGUUUGUGGCGGUGUCAGAGGCUGUGACAGCUGGGGUCUCUUCCUCCUGCCCGCUGGUAGCGGCGCAGGUCGUGAAGGCUGCAGCUGCUUUGUUCAGACUCACCCAUCAGUCCAGACCACUUCAGUACCAAGUGGUAGAGGAGCUGAUAGAGGCCAUCACCAGAAGGUUCUCUGAGCUAACUCUGUCUUCCCCUUCUCAUCAUCGAAGCACGUCAAGUUGCACCAUGUUUUACUACAGAUGUGAAAAUAGAAAACAAAACGUAGAUCUUUGGAGAAUGACAUAA